ACAAUACGGUGCAACCCUGUGCAACAAUAUGGACUGUAUCAGCCGUAAUUGCCCUGUUUUAUAGCACUUUUUUUUGACGCAGAAAAAUGUGGAUACCGACUGAACAUGAGAAAUAUGGCAUUGUGCUGGCAAAUUUUCGAGGAACGGUGCAGCAUGGACUCCCCCUGGAAAUCGGCGACACAGUGCAGAUUUUGGAGAAAUGUGAAGGAUGGUACAGAGGAUUCAUCACAAAGAAUCCAAAUGUAAAGGGAAUAUUCCCAAGCUCUUACAUCCACCUGAAAAAUGCCCAUGUGAGGAAUAAAGGGCAGUUUGAGACCGUCUUCCCAACCGAGGACUCGGUCAUUACAGAGAUAACAAUGACCUUGAGAGACUGGGGCACCAUGUGGAAACAGCUCUACAUGAGAAAUGAAGGGGAUCUGUUUCACAGACUGUGGCAUGUAAUGAAUGAGAUAUUGGAGUUGCGGCAGCAGGUUUUAGUUGGUCACCUCACCAACGACCGAAUGAGUGACAUCAAACAGCACAUAACAGCACGACUGGACUGGGGCAAUGAGCAGCUUGGUCUGGACCUGGUCCCCAGGAGGGACUUCGGUAUGGUGGACCCAGAUGAGAUCAGCGUCACCGAGCUGUAUCGGCUGAUGGAGAGGCGUCAUCGGAGACGUGAGGCUCCGCCGCAGGCCAGUAUGCACCACCUGUUCCUUCAGAUGAAGAGCAUGAUGAGCUCAAACCUGGGGGAGGAGCUGGAGGUCUUCUUCUCUGUCUAUGACAGCCGGGAAAUGCGACCAAUCAGCGAGAGGUUCUUUGUGCGCCUCAAUAAGCAAGGGCUACCCAAGUCCCCUGAGAAAACAGAGAGGCAGUGUACACUCUUUGUUGAUUUGGGAAGUAGCGAUCUUCGCAAAGAUGUGUAUGUUGUAGCUCAUAUUUUUAGAAUAGGGCGAAUGGUCGCGGGAGAGAAGAAGAAUGUGAGUAACACACAAUACAAACGUCCAUACGGUUGUGCCGUCAUCAGUGUGGCCGACCUGUUGACGGCAGACUUCAAAGAUGACCACUUGCUGAAGAUUUACUCAUGUAACACAGAGAGCGAGUGGUACCAAAUCCACGACAACAUUAUAAGGAAGGUCAGCUCACGAUACAGCCACAUUGGCUCCAAUACAGGCCUUAAUGUCUCCCUCCAGCUCUUGCAUGGAGACAUGGAGCAGAUUCGUAAGGAUUACAUGCGUCUUUUCACUCGUAACGUCUCCAUUACUAAGAAACUGGGUUUCUCUGAUAUCAUCAUUCCAGGUGAAAUAAGGAAUGACCUGUAUGUGACCCUAGAGAGAGGUGAAUUUGAGAAAGGUGGGAAGAGUGUGGCACGUAACGUGGAAGUCACCGUCUAUCUGCUGGGAGGUGAUGGACAGGUUCUUAAGGGUCUGGUUUGCUGCGGCUCCGGGGAGCCGGGAAUGGAUGAGCACCGCUCUUUUGUCUUGUAUCACAGUAACAACCCUCGCUGGGCCGAACAUAUCAAACUGCCUGUUCCUUUGGAGAUGUUCCACGGCACACAUUUACGCUUCGAGCUCAGGCACUGCUCCACAAAGGAGAAAGGAGAGAGGAAGCUUUUUGGCUUCUCUUUUGUCCCUCUGAUGCAGGACAAUGGGAGACCACUGCCUGAUGGGACGCAUGAGCUCAUUGUCCACAAGUGUGAGGAGACAGCAGAUCUUCAGGAUCCUGCUCAGUACCUCAAACUGCCCUUUUCUAAAGUAAGUCUCCAGCCGGGCAACAACCACACAAUAAAGAACAGCAAAGAGUCCUUCUGGAUCCAGUCUUCUCUCUGCUCCACUAAACUCACUCAGAAUGGGGACAUGUUGGACCUGUUGAAAUGGAGAGUUCAUCCAGACAGGAUCAUUGACUGCCUCUCCAAACUGAAGGACAUUGAUGGCACUGAGAUUGUUAAAUUUUUACAGGACACCCUGGACACUCUAUUUGCGAUUUUAGAUGAAAGUCCUCAGCGAUAUGGACUAAAGGUGUUUGACUGCCUGGUGCAUGUUAUAAAUUUGCUGCAGGACAGCAAGUUCCAGCUCUUCAAACCUGUUAUGGACAACUAUAUUGAGAAUCACUUUGCUGGUGCCCUGUCCUACAGGGAUUUGAUUCGUGUGUUGAAGUGGUAUGUGGAUCGUAUCAUUGAUGCCGAGCACCAGGAACAGAUCCAGCAAGUUUUGAAGGCGUCUGAGUACUUGUUUAAGCACAUUGUGCAGUCUCGGCGUCUGUACGCGGCAGCCACCGGAGGACAGAACGAAGAGGAAUUCCGCUGCUCUGUCCACGAGCUCUUCAAGUCCAUCCACCUGUUCCUGUCUCACGAGACUAAGGGCAUCAGUCCCAUCACACACACCCAGGCUGUGUUCCUGAGAUCGUUCCCGACUGUGUGCUGUGAGCUGCUAAAGAUCUUCAGCAUUAGAGAGGUGGCAAAUCUGGCCCGUGACACGCUGAGCAGCCUGCCCGCCCUGACGCACACCGACUGCCCCCUACAGGCUGUCAAACUGCAGUGCAUGGCCAAGACCGUUGAGAGUCCACUUUAUGUCAACCCAGAGUCAAGGUGUGUGUUGUUGCCGGUAGUGCUGCGUCUGCUGCACACACACCUGCAGGAGCAGAAAGAGCUGGUUCUGUGCGCCAACAUCCUGACCGGCAUGCUGACGCUCAACACACCCACUGCAGAGUGUGGCGCACCUGAGGAGGUGAAUUUGGUCAUGGAGAGUCUGUCUGGUGUGUUACUCAGAACUAUACUGGAAGUGACCAACCGCCCUCAGCCUGCCGCCACCUCCCUGCGCCUGCAGUACCAAGAUGUUACUGGUGAAUUUGUUGCCUGCUUGCUCACUCUACUUAGGCAGCUGAAAGAUAAAGAAUACCAACAACUUCUCAGCAGGUUCCCCACUAAAGACGAACUAACGAGUUUUCUCCUGCAGUUGUUCACUGUCUUCAGAAUACUUAUCCGACCGGAUAUGUUCCCUAAAGACUGGACUGUCAUGAGACUUGUCGCUAAUAACGUGAUCAUCACCACUAUCCUGUACCUCUCCGAUACCCUGCGCAACAACUUCCUUAAUGAGAAAUUUGACUUCAAGGUAUGGGAGUCCUAUUUUUAUCUCUGUAUAAUAUUCAUCAACCAGCCUUGCCUUCAGCUUGAGAUGUUCCCGCCCUCCAAGAGGAAAAAAGUCCUGGAGAAGUAUGGCGACAUGAGAGUAAUGAUCGGUUGUGAAAUUUUCAGCAUGUGGCAACAUUUGGGUGACUAUAAGCUGAAUCUUAUUCCCACCCUGAUUGGUCCGUUUAUGGAGGUGACUCUGGUACCACAGAUGGACCUGCGGAACGUCCUCAUCCCCAUUUUCCAUGACAUGAUGGACUGUGAACAGAGACGAAGUGGCAACUUCAAACAGGUGGAGGCCAAACUGAUCGACAAACUAGACAGUCUGUUGUCAGAAGGCAAAGGAGACGAGACUUACAGAGAACUCUUUAACAACAUAAUUCCAUUGUUUGGUCCAUAUCCAAGUCUCUUGAAAAAGAUCGAGAGAGAGACCUGGAGAGAGAGCGGCGUUUCCCACAUUGCUACUGUCACACGUCUUAUGGAAAGAUUACUGGAUUACAGGGACUGUAUGAAGAUUGGAGAGGUUGAUGGAAAAACGAUGGGAUGUACAGUCAACCUUCUGAACUUCUACAAAACCGAGUUGAAUAAAGAAGAGAUGUACAUCCGUUAUAUUCACAAGCUCUAUGAGCUGCACCUGAAGGCACAGAAUUACACCGAGGCGUCGUACACCCUCCUGCUGUAUGAUGAGCUGUUGGAGUGGACUGAACGGCCCCUCAGAGAGUUCCUGACGUACCCCAUGCAGAGCGAGUGGCACAGAAAGGAAUGCCUCCAUCUCACCAUUAUACACAAUUUUGACAGGGGGAAAUGCUGGGAAAACUGCAUCAUACUGUGUCGAGAGUUGGCCAAUCAGUAUGAGACUUAUUACGAUUACAGGAACCUCAGCAAAAUGAGGAUGAUGGAAGCCUCGUUUUAUGACAAAAUAAUAAACCAGCAGCGGCUAGAGCCCGAGUUCUUCAGAGUCGGCUUCUACGGCAAGAAGUUCCCCUUCUUUUUAAGGAAUAAAGAGUUUGUGUGUCGAGGGAAUGAUUACGAGCGUCUGGAGGCAUUUCAGCAGAGGAUGCUCAGUGAGUUUCCUCAUGCCAUCGCUAUGCAGCACGCUAACCUGCCCGACCAGACCAUCCAUCAGGCGGAUGCACAGUAUCUGCAGAUCUAUGCUGUUAGUCCUGUUCCUGAAAACCAGGAUGUGCUGCAGAGAGACGGAGUUCCCAAUAACAUCAAGAGCUUCUACAAAGUCAACCAUAUUUGGAGGUUCCGCUAUGACAGACCUUUUCACAAGGGCACCAAGGACAAGGAGAAUGAGUUUAAGAGCCUGUGGGUUGAAAGGACAACACUGACCCUUGCUCAGAGUCUUCCUGGCAUCUCUCGCUGGUUUGAAGUUGAGAAAAGGGAAUUGGUGGAGAUGAGUCCCUUAGAGAAUGCCAGCGAAGUGAUUGAAAAUAAGACGCUGCAGUUGAGAACGCUGAUCGCUCAGUGUCAGAUGAGGCAGAUGCUCAACAUCAACCCUCUCACCAUGUGCCUGAACGGAGUCAUUGACGCCGCUGUCAAUGGAGGACUGGCUCGAUACCAGGAGGCAUUCUUUGCGAAAGAUUACAUCGCAAAUCAUCCAGAGGACGGAGAAAAAAUUACUCGUCUUAGGGAACUGAUGUUUGAACAGGCCCAUAUUUUGGAAUUUGGUUUAGCAGUGCACGAGAAAUUCGUCCCGCAGGAUAUGAAGCCGUUACAUAAAAAGCUUGUAGACCAAUUUCAUGUAAUGCGCUCCAGUCUGGGAAUUCAACCGCAAGAGUUUCCUGCUUACGUACGAGUUAGUCCAUUGCAUUUAGCCAAUGGCAGUCCGCGCACCUGUAGGACCCCUGUACCUAAUACCAUCAGCCCAGAAGGAGGCAGAAUUGUGGCAAGACGAAGUCCGCUCAGCUAUCCAGCCGUCAACAGAUACUCCUCAUCCUCAUUGUCAUCACAGGCCUCAAACGAAGUGAGCAACAUCACCGGCCAAUCAGAGAGCUCGGAUGAGGUCUUCAACAUGCAGCCCAGUCCGUCUACCUCAAGUCUCAGCUCAAAUCACUCUGGUUCACACAAUGUAAACAGCUCUGCCCCCUCCAGCAAUAGAGCCUCUCCGCUGCCGUCUGACAAGCACAAGCACUCCAGAGAUAACACCUGUCUCUCUCCACGGGACAGACUCUGCAGUGGCAUGUUUCCCAGCCCUCUGGAUCCCACACAGAGGAUGAUUCCAUUCCAAAUCCCUGUGGAUACAGCAUUAGCACGCUGUGAACCCAAUCUACCCACACCUGAGAUGGGAUCUCUGUGCAAGAAUGUUAGGUCACUUUCUCCCAUGCCAACAGCAAGGUCCCCUCAGAAGUCAAUGGUCCCACCCCUCACACCCUCCCCAACCGACGGCUUGCCGAUGGGGAGCCUGGCAUCUCACUCACCCGCCCGCUCUGGCAGCUACAGCAGUGGCAUCUCCUCCCUCAGCCGCUGCAGUGUCUCUGAAACCUGCGGGAUCGACCUCCCGCAACCCGACCCUCCUCUGCCCCCCACUGUUCCCACAGAUGCGCCCAUUCGCCGCGGCAGCAAGACCCCUCCACCCUACAGUGUCUACGAACGGAACAAUCCCCGCCGGGCGACUCCACUUCCCCACAGUCUGUCAGUGCCGCCCAGUACUGACAACCCCAGUCUGACCGCGAAACCCCAGCUGAAUCGCACGCAGCGAAUUAAUUCAGAACCUCGCCACCGGCCCACCCCCAGAAAGGUCUCCCAGCUGUAGCAUGUCAAUGGGACUACUUUUUCGGAAAAACUGGGACUACUUCUUAAUUAUUUUUUUGCAGUAUCUCUUUGCAAAAUUACUGUAGGCCAGUUUAUGUAUCAUAACUGGUAAUGUUUUCAAAAGCAAGAAGGUACAUUUACCUUUUACUAUGUCAUUUAGUAUUUUUCAAUAUUUUUGGAAGGCUUUUUCAGUCUUAUCUAAGCCGAAAGUAUGCUUCAGUUUUCUGUUUGUUGCUUCAUCUCACACAAAGUGCGUGUUUCGGAACUUUUGUCAUCAGCAGUGUCCGCACAAACUAUCCACGACCUGGAAUCGGAUCCACUGAUCCAGUAUGGACUCACGGUCAGUUGAGUAGACUUCAAAAGUCUACAAUGGUCGACCGUGCGUGAAACAUAACGGCAAGCAAAAAAACGAAGCUACCCUAGGCUUUACAGGACAGUAGAGGCAGACAGGAAAGUGGAAGAGAGAGAAGGGGAACUUGUUCAGGACGUGUGCCAAGCUGGAUUUGAACCCAGAUCCUGUGUGCAAUCAGCUUUUGCAUCUUGCGCUAAUGUGCUACCUUCUGCGCCACAAGACGAAAGGAAAACAGAAUGUGCUUAUUUCGAUCAUUGAUAUUUUGCUAUUUCAGUGCUUUGAUAUUACAUAUAGAAUCACAAUUUUAUUUUACAGUUGCAUAUAUAGUGCUUUGGUGACUAUUUUGUUAAUGGCCCUUUUAGAUGGUGAGUUACUUCUAGUUCAGUUGUAUGUAUCACACUCUCACCUAAGCUGAACUGGACUGAACUAGACAUCUCGCCAUCCCUCUGACACACAUAUACAGCUGGAAAUGUCAAUGUAUUAGAAAAGCCAUGAAGAGAUUAUGUACGCUUUGAAAUGGCAUGUAAUUUACAGCAAAUUCUGAAGAUCUGGCAGGUCCAUAUCCCAUUUAGAGAGCUCUGAAACCUAUUGCUAGCAAGGUAUUUUUGAUAGAAGUACAAAUUCAAUGUCUGUACAGCGUUUCUUUUCACACUACUCUUACAUAAACUGAGGUGUGCAGCAAGACCUGCAUCUCAUUUUAUCUGCUUUGUAUUUUCUGGAAUGGCUAAAAGGUGCUACAUAUUUCUUAGUGUUCUUUUUUUUUAAUGUAGCCUCGUAUCUACCGAAACUGCCUGACUGUUAAAUGUGCCAUGUGAUGAAAUUGUGUGGUCUGCGAGUAUUGUGCCAAAGACGCAAGCAGUAUUAACUUCUUUGUCAGUGAGAGUAGUUAGGAAAGCUUAACUGAAAUUAGCGUGACUGCUAGUGCUCAAAAAUGUGCUUCUUAAACUGUGUGCAGAGGCAUAGAUCAGGACUGCAUGGGGCAUGACCAGUACAAAGCAAUAUAACCGUUGUAGUUUGCAGAGAGUGAUAUAAACUUUAUACAAAACAUCAUCUAGUUCUGAAAUGAGUUUCCCCUGCAGCCUAGUCUCAUAUCAGGUUGCCCUACUGCAAUCACUUCUAAACUAGGCCUAUAUUGGGUAGAUUGUCAAAAUUGUCUUUUAAAUGUUAAAUCUGAUAGAACUUUUCGCAUUAAGGUUAGAGAUUCAAUUUGGACUUACUUAUUUGGACUCAUCAAACAAAAAGUUAAAGAUGCUUUUUUUUUUUAUUCUAAAAAGGAAUUCUGAUUAAUUUUAUGCAUCACAUUUUCAUUAAAAAAAACUAAAUAAAUCCUUACAUGUUCUAUGUAAUUUUACUACCGUUGAACCCCCCCCCCCCCACACACACACACAAAAAAGCUGCUAACAAAGCCUACAUGUGCAGCAAGUGUCUGCUUCAAAGUUAUUAGUGAAAACAUCAAAUUCUAAAACAUCUGAUUCAGUUUAAUUAAAAAAAUAUGUUACUAAGGGAAAUUAUUUUUAAAAUGUCCACAUUUCAUACAAUCUUAAUUGAUGGUAACAAACAGCUUUUUCACUGCCAACCUGAAAGCCCACAAUUCUUUAAAUGAAUAUUAAAUGAUGCCUAUUUGAUAUAUAUUUAUAUGAAGCUUCAAAAAUUGCACCAGUUGAAAUCAGCCUUUGUGAAUUGAGGUCGCCACUUUACAUUGUUGAUUACUUUGUUGAUCACGACUAGACAAUUCAAAUAGUUAUAUGUGAUGAAAUUGUUCACAUAUAGCUAAAAAAUCCCCUAGUGAAUUUAAAUGAAAUUAUUUUAUAGUUUAGUUACUUUUUUGGAACAAAAGUUAUGUUCUCCUAAGUGAAAAUACAAAGUGCUGUAUUUUUUGCCAACCUAAAACAUUCAAAGUGUGAAGAACCAAACUAAUGUUGGAAUGAUUACAAAAUAUCUACAGAUGGGCACUGUAAAUUAUUUGUAUGUAAUCUAUUUUAUUAAUGGCUUUGCAGCUACAGUAUGUUCCCAUAUUCCCAUGGCUCAUUUUAGGCAAUCAUGUUUUGUAAUUUCAAUAGAUUGCCAAUUGUUAAGUCGCAGGACUUCAGCUCUAGCCGCACUUGUAUUUUUCCUCUCUUUUUUCUCUCCUCUCACUCUCCUUUUUUAUGUAUUAUACUCUUUCUGUUCAAUUUUUUGAACUUGUAAAGUUGUACUUUAUAUCAUACGAUGGGAUGAAAGUAUUCCAUAUAGCCUGUGUUACAGAUUUUGUACAAAAGGUGUUUAUAUGAAAAUGUAACCAGUUCAUAGCUUUGAAUGUUGCAACUAAAGUUUUUAUUUGUAAAUGUUGAAUAUUAACCAUCAAACAAAUAAAGGUUCAU